AUGGCUAUCAAAAACAUGUUCAUCUUACUGGUCCUCACAAGCCUCUUGGCAGAUGUGACUGCAUCAAGGGACCUUGCACUAAAGUCAGGAUUCAACGUUCCAGCAAGCUUGGAAACAAGAGAAGGCCAGAACAGUCUCAGCGUUGAUUGUUGCCAAGUCAUAACCACUUUCACCAAUAAGUGCUGGCCUUUCAUGCUUACUUCCUUUGGUUUCAACACUAAGCAAGGCAAUUUACUGCAAGGUUACUGUGAUACAGUGCCUAGGCUUGCUACAGCUUCUGUUGCUGGCUCAUCACAGCAACAAUAUUCACGUCGGACAAUUUAG